UGCCAUUCGGAGAGCAAGUAAAUAUUAUUCAGAAACUUUUCAAUUUAUAAAUUAAUUCGAGUGAGUCAAAAACACCUUGUUUUUAUUGGUCCCAGUGUUCUAGUCAGUUGACUUUAAGCUGAGCUUCAGAAUGCUUGGACAGUUCGCAGCUCUCACCUUGCUUCUGGGCUUCAUUGGCUCCAGAGUGCAUGUUGCAUGGGCAAAUUUGGCGGGCACGGAGUGCGGUUACUUUAGCGAGGAACAUCUGUUAGAGAAAGACUCUUUUAUCGGGCCCACCGAGCACCCGUGGGUAGCCCGCAUCGUUUUUACCAAAGGGAUCAAGAUUGACAAUGCUGACGACUGUCUGGGCGUUCUGAUAUCCAAGCGCAUUGUUCUGGCUCCAGCCCACUGUUUUGUUCAGUUUAACGGGGAGGCGCAGGCGUUCUCCGUUCACCUGGGUGUCUACAACAAGAGCGCUGCUGUGGGAACACUAAUCUGCGAACAGGAUGGCUUUUGUGUGCGUCCUGCCCAGGAGAUCAGGCUGACCGAGGUGGCCAUCCAUCCGGAGUACGAUUCGCGAACGCUGAAGAACAGCCUGGCCGUGCUCACCCUGGAGCAAGAUGCGAAGCUCUAUAAGAGUGUGAUGCCCAUCUGCAUGCCACCUCCUCACUUGGCCAACGAGACGCUCGUGGCGCAGACGUUUCUGGUGGCUGGUCUGCGCAAGUGGCAGGAUCUAAGGCAGAUGUCCUGGGUGAAUACGCUCAGCCGAUCCUUCUGUCAAUCAAAAUUCGGCACACUCUUGACCAGCAGCACCACUGUGUGUGGCUACCAGACCAAUUCAGAUGUGUUUAUCAUUGGGGCACCGCUGGUCGGGAUGCAGGCGAAGGAGCAAGUCACCCAGAACUUCUACCUGGUCGGAUUAUUGAUCGACUGGCGCAAGGACACAGACCGCACCAUGUCCAGCUUUCUUGCCAUCCGGAAUUACUUAGACUUCAUCUACGAGAAUUCCGACUCUCUGAUUGUACGCUACUGAGCAAAAAAUAAAUUAAAUUGAAUCUAA